AUGGAUGACGUGAUUGAAGCCGUUCUGGAUAAUCCUGAUCACAAUUUCACCAGUUUUUUGUUCGGUAAGGGGAAAGGCAUGAUGAAUUGUAAGAGGAGGGCAUGGUGAAUAUAAUUUUUUACAUCUUGUUUUACAUUUUUAAGAUUAAAGCCUUGAUUUUAAAUAAAAAAUCAUGUUUUAUUCAAAAAAAAACAAUUUGAAGCAAUUUGUCAUCAUUUCAAAAUCAAAUUGAGAUAAAAACUGAUUAAAAUAUGACAAAUCAUAUACCCUCUCAACCUUUGUAGUAAUAAAUUCCAACUUUCAGAGUCUGAUGGGCCAGCGACGAUAAAAUUACUGUCAGAAAUCGUGUCCAAACGCAAUGGCCACAACAUUGUAGUACAAUGUUUGAGUAUCUGGCAGGACUUUCAACAGUCCGAACAUUCGUUUUCUGUCAUUUUAGAUGAACUUCAGCAUGCGGUCAAUGUGAAAUCUGUUGAAAAUUGUGUUCAACUGGUCAAUAAUUUGUUGGAAAAAGCUCCGGAUUCCAUUGCGAGGAUUCGGGUUCGACAUGAACUUGAGGGUAUGUUAGUUGUCAUCAUAUGACAUUGUUUUUGUGAUGUUUUUUGAUUAAAAUUAUGUUUUGUUAGCUGUAAUAAGUUGAUGUACUAUUGCUUUUUAGAACUAAAACAAAAUUGAAAAAAUGUCGAAAUAAAACAUAACUAGUACUAUAAGAGUGCAUAACAUAAUAUUAACCAUCCUGAUUUCAGAGCUGGAAUUCGGCCACCACUUGAAGAAUGUCUGGUGAGAAUUUAUUUUGUAAAACAUCUGUUACCUCCCUUUCCCCAUUUCCAAAACGUUGAGAACGUUGUGAUGCCGUUCCUCGUCAUGACAUCUGACUCAUACAAAACCGCCUCAGGGAUUCUGAUUCUUUCUUUUUUCCGUCUUUUUUUUUAUUAUUUGGCCAAAUUUUAGUCAGCGUUUCGAUUCGAAUAUAUUGGAUAAAUUAGUCACCAAUUUCUUCGUACUAUGUUCGGGAGUACGCAAAGACAACAACAACAUUAACGUGAUUCCCGUGAUUGAAUGUCGACACACGGACGCGGAUUCUGGCACCUUCUCCAGCGAAGACGAGGACAUGAGUAGUCACAACGACUCGGUUAUUAAGGUGGGUGUCUGUUGUUUGUGUUUGAAAUGAUUUUUGAUGUUGUUUAUGAAGAUGUGUAUUCAAUAUUGUCCUGUUGUAACCUUUUACAAACCUUUUCGCAUUUUGAAAUCAUGUUUUUCAGAAUCCCGAGAUCGCAGAAGACCUAAACUCAUUGUUGUUGUCUCUAGAUGAUCAUGAACAACUCAAACUCUUAAUAAAGAAAAUUAAAAACUCAAACGAUGCUCCCAACGUACUCAGAACAAUCAAUGAAAACCUAAACAAACCUUCGACCUCAGCUCUACCACCACCCCCUCCUCCUCCCCCACCUGGACCUCCACCAGCACCACAACUCAACCUGCCCAAACCUCCACCCCCACCUCCUCUCAAUGUUAAAAAGCCCGGAGGCCCUCCACCACCGCCUCCACCCUUAAACAAGGCUGGUGGUCCAGGCCAACCUCCUGUUGCACCAGCCAACGGUCUUUUCAAGCCAACACAACAGAAGAGAGUCGAGAUACCGGCCGCUUUGAAGCCAAAGGUUCUGCCAGCUGAAGGCAAAAAGUUGCGACAUUUGCAAUGGACCAAGAUCCCGGCCAACGGACUGCAGAAUGAGUCCAACAUCUGGCUGAACAUGAGUACUUUCGGAAGCGAUCUGGGUAAGUUAACGAUGCCAGAUUGCCGCUCUUAAAACGAAUUAAGUCUGGAAUGUUAAAGCGGUUCAAUGAGCUAUAAAAUAUGAUCUGUGGUCGUAGUUUUACUGAGGAAAGUUACGAUAGUUUUCAAAGGUAUUAAUCAAGCCAUUCUUUGCUUUAAAACAAAUUAAAGCCAUACUGAUAUUAAAUAAUAUGAAUUAUAUUGUAAACCAUUCUCACAACUUUCUAUACCUAUUCUUUCAGUUACAAAACUCAACUUCAAAGACCUAGAUCAAUACUUUGAAGUGUCCGAAGUCACGUCCGAAUUGCAACAACCGAAAGAGGAAAAGGAAGCCAAAUCCAAUACGGUAUCGCUAUUAAACAGCAAGAGAUCGUUAAGCAUAAACGUCUUCUUGAGAGCGGCAAAAGGCGUCGAAAACUUGAUUGAGUUUUUCAAAAAAGGAAACUCAGAAGCCAUCGGAAUAGAACAACUCAAGAUGCUGGUACCACUACUACCAACUGAAGAAGAAUGCCAAACAUUGAACAAUUACACAGCUGAUAAGGCUCAAUUAGGAGCGGCAGAACAGUUUCUGUUACAGUUGAUGAGUGUCCAGUACUACAAGAUCAGGUUAGAUUGCAUGAUCCUCAAGGAGGAGUUUGCCGCAUUCAUUGCUAAUGUACAGCCGGACUUGGAGUUGCUGAUUAGAGCUGGCUCAGGUCAGUUGGAACAAAUAACUUGUGUUAUAUAUAGAAAAACACUAAAUAUUACUUCAUAUCUCCUAUAAAAACCUAAAACAUCAGAAAAAACAAAAAAAAUUGAAAGUACAACCUUUUUGUUACCUAAAACAUUUGAUUUUAGAGCUGAAAACAUCUCCACAUUUAAAAAAGGUGCUUUACAUUCUUCUCCACAUGGGCAACUACUUGAACCACGGAGCUGGUGUUGGGAAUGCUGUAGCGUUCAAGUUGAGUUCAUUAUGGAAGAUCGACGAACUCAAGGCUAAAAAGUCUGACCGAACAUUGCUCAACGUUGUGGCGCAGGUAACAGCUAAAAACUAUAAAACUUACAAUAACAUUGAAGAACAUAUUUAAAUGCCUAUAAUAAAGCAAGUAGCAUAAAAAAGUAUAGUUGCACUUUAUCUUUACCCAAAACAAAAAUAUUCGACCAAAUAAAUAGUUUAUUUUCCGGGCAAAAUUUUGUCGAAAUUCAAACGAAAUGUCACAACAAUGUCUAUUGAUUGUUUUAAUAAUUUUUAUUUCAGGAAGCCCACAAGCUUGGAAUCCAUUUGGAAGGCAUUAAAAAUGUUCAAGAAGCGGCAAAGUAAGUUUGUUUUGUUCAAUAUUGUAAAAUAAUGUUCAGAGUACCAUUUGAAUCCUUGAAAAGCGAAAUGAAAGGCUCUUCCGACCGUCUAAAUCGAUUGGAAAAUCAAUUGACCAACAAGAACGACGACUUCUUCAAUGAGUUCAGGUUGUUCUUAGAGGUAAGAAUUUAUUUUUGAAAUGUUUAAAUAUUGUUUUGAUGUUUUAUAGCCUUAGAUAUAUUAUCUUAGAUGUAGAAAUACUUAGUUUUGGGGUUUUUAAUAGUUUUGCAUGUUAUUUUAUUGUUUUAGAGAUCUAAGGAGAAGGUGAAGAAGGCAAAUGUCUUGUUGGACGAUAUUGAGGUUACCCGCAAAGAAUUGGCUGUCUACUUUUGUGAAAAUGAGAAGACUUUUAGUUUGGAAGAAUGUUUCAAAAUAUUCGCAAACUUCUUGACCAAAUACAAAAAUGCCAUGAAUGUAAGUUUUUUUUUUCUUCUAACAAUAACUUUAUUUUAAAAGGCCUUAGAUAGGUAUAACGUUUAGAAAAAUAUGAGACUUUUGAUAUUUAUGUAGUUAGUUACUCUUACUAGGAUCAAAUUGCUAAAUCUAAUAUUAUGUUUUAGGAAAAUCUUCAAAGAGAAGAGCGUCAGCAACGAAUUCAUGACAAGUCAUCUGUUCUUCCACCAGUACCUUCAAUAAAAUCUUUACCUCCAUCUCCCCCACCAGCCCGAGUAACUUCACCAGUCGUCAGUAGAAAGCCUUCGAUAGUCACAGAACAAGACCGUGGCCGAGAAUCCUUCCCAUUGACUCCAUAUCAACGUAGAAAGUCGUCGAUGAGAAGAGAAUCUGUUUUUGAGAACGUUGGAUCCAACAAUGACUUGAGUUUGUUCGUCGAUGAAGCGUUGAAUGCUAGGAAGUCAUCUAGAGUUAGUCAAUCGCCAGUCUUCAACGAGCUGAAAGAGACACCGACAGAAAAGAGCAGCGAAGAAGUUGUUAUGGCCAUACCUCAGAAGAUUGUUGAAGUUAGACCACAGGAUGUCAAUGAAAGUAGGACACAAAAGAACUUUACAUCGCAACAAAUUGGAAGUUUCAAUUCUCAUUAUCAGGAUAACACCAAACCUCAACAUCUCGUCAAUACGACACCACAAACCAUUGUCACUUCCAAGCCAAAGGAUAAUAUCGCGGUCAUUAAGGACAAAUUGAUUAACACACCUGUCAAGUCGGAACCAUCUCAGACUGGUAUGAAGGUAAUGUCAGACAAAACACCUGGAAACUCUGUAAAUAGAACAAUGACCGGUCGAAAGGUCACAGGUGUUACGACAACGUCAAUGGUCAAGCCAGGUACGGCUGUGGCUAGGAAUACACCGCCUUCAAGUAAUUUGUCAUCGAAAUCGUCGACCUCGGUGACAUCAAGAGCUAGAGAAAAUGGCGAAGAUAAGGUUAAAAGCAGUAUUGAUAGUAAAAAUUCUGGUACUGUAAACACAGCUCGUACUGUGCUAAGAAGAGUACCAAUAAAAGAAAAAGAACCGGAACCUAUUAGUAGAGGACCAAUGUCAAGAAGAAGUGUUACAUCAAAGAUCCGAACAAGAAGUUCAGCUGUAGAUCCAGUGGCGACUGAGAAGAAAGAGUUAUCUACUUGUCCUAUCAAGCCUUCUGACAUCAGGGCUAAUAGAUUGGCUACUUCUACAGCCCCUAGCUGGGCUAGGCCUACUACAGCAUCAAAUUCUACGAAAGAUAUGUCCAAGGUUUAUGCUUUGAAGUCAGAGACUGCAAAAGCGUUGGUACGACCUUCAGAUUCAACUAAAACUACAACAAAGUCUUCUUUUGAUGCAUCUAUGAAUACAGCAAGAUUAUCGACUUCUAGACCUACUACAACGUCGCUAAAACUUGCAUUGGCUGCAGUAUCUCCAAAGCCUUCAACAAUGACAUCUCCAAAGACGUCAACCACUUCAACAACCCUGAGACCGUCUUCAACAGCUGCCAGAGUUGCGGCAAUUAACAGUAGAACGACUGCUGCAACUCCAGUUAGGUCUACGGUAACUGACAGAACAGGAAAAUCAUCUACAACAUCUUCAGCUUCUCCUGUAGCUACAAAAGCAAGAAGUGGAAUGAGCGCUUCUGAACGUAGAAGUUUGUUCAAAAAGACGGAUUCUGUUAGUACGGCUUCGAGGCCGGCUCUGAUUAAGACUGGGAGUAUAUCUGAGAAACCGAGGUGGCUUGGUUAA